AUGAAAUGGUCGUGCUUACCCUUCCCAGUGUCAAUUAUUACCGGUGGAUCAAAAUUAUCUUUGGCGCUCGAAAUCAUUAAACAGUUACUGAAUAAAAUAACAAAUGCAGCUUCCAAUAGUUGCGACGAUGAACAUCAAAUUGAAAUGUAUGUAUUUGAUGAAAAACGUUUGCAAUCGUUCAUUAUCGAUUUGUGCAAUGAUAAAGAAGCGAACACCAUAGCGAACAUUGAAAAGCUUCAUAAAGUUGUUUAUAGUCCAUCUUCAGUUGGUUCAGAUAUUUAUGACGCUAUUGACGAACCAUUAGAAUACCUCGCAAGUCAAGCAAUAUCUAAAUACUCUCCCUACUGUUUUACUGAUGGUCGUGAUAAUAGCAGUCAUCAAGUUAUAAAAGAACGAUUAUCAAAUAUUAAAUUUAAUCAAUUCAAUUUUAUUCGAUGUGGUUCUGCUGAAAACGAGUCACCAUUAUUAGCCAGAGAUGCUGAUGCCUGUUUACAUUUAAAAGAUACUAAACAAGUUGAAGGCAAAAGACACAAGAAUUUUUCGAAACAACAGUGA